GGGGAAGGCAAGGAGCACACAGAAGCCGGGGGCUGUCGGGUCAAGUCCAACACGGCCAUCAAGGGGUCGGACAGGAGAAAGCUUCGGGCUGAUGUGGCGGCUGCUUUCCCCACUCUUGGAACAGAUCAGGUCUCCGCCUUAGUACCUGGAAAGGAAGAGCUCAACAUUGUGAAGUUAUAUGCUCACAGCGGGGAUGCAGUGACUGCCUAUGUGUGUGGUGGUAACCCCAUCCUGUUUGAACUGGAGAAAAAUCUAUACCCAACAGACUUGAUGCUGCCCGGCCUCGUGGUGCCCCCUGCUGGUCUGCCUCAGGUACAGAAGGGUGACCUCUGUGCCAUUGCCUUGGUGGGGAACAGGUACUGUGCCAGUCCCCUGUGCCUUUGGGGGAAAACCUUAGAAGAGGUCAUGAGAACACACAGCAGGAUGGAGGCAACCUAUAGCAGCCAGGAAGAGAAAUCUCUUCAGAAACUGACCAUGUUGGCAUCCUGACCUGAACGUCUGGUUUCCAGAAUACUGAAAACCUAAAUGUCUGUUGUUGAAGCCACUGUCUAUGGUAUUUUGUUAUGGUGGCGUCAGUGCCUAAUAAUCUGCCCUUGGGGAACAAACCAGUUAACACAGUCUUAGGUGGAUAGGACUCAUGCUAGGAGACAUACACACAUGGCAUCACUAUCACAGCUUAUCAGAGGAAAACUUAGCUGAGGUGGUGAAUUCAGGGAAGUACAUAUUCUGUAGAAUAUUAUGCCUAAGCAAAAUCUCAAAUGGUGAACAAGGAUCAAAUAGGACCAAAAGUUAGGCAGGAACGUUUCCUCAGAAGAAAUAGCAUAAGCACGAACGUGAGUAUUGGCAGCAAAUCCACACUGGUUACCGGUACCUGUGAUGGGGAGGAGUCUAAGACGACCUCUCUAAGAUUUUCACUUUAUUCUCUUAGUUCCAGAAAGAAAUAUAAACAUGAUGAGAUAUCAGUGCUAUGAUUAGGUGAUUAGUCAAUUGACUUUGAGUUCAUUUGGGCAUAUCUGACGA